AUGGGCAAAAAUAAACGUCUCAAGUCCUCCUCCAAAAAAAUCAAGGGAGGCCGCGGACCCGGAAAACCCAAACCAGCCGGAAUAUCGAAACCCAGCUCCAAGACCCCCAAACCCUCUGGCAUGCCCGCGAAAAAACACAAACAAACACACCAGACUAUUCCUAUAAUCCCCUUUUCCUCUCGCGAUUCCAUCCUGCUGAUAGGCGACGGCGAUCUCUCAUUUGCGCGUUCCUUAAUCACCCAUCACGAAGUAAAAAAGUUAACUGCUACGGUUUUCGAAUCUUCACUCCAGAUACUGCAGGAGAAAUAUCCGCAUGUGGGAGACAAUAUAAAGGAGAUUGAAGAGGGAGGAGGAAUUGUAAAAUAUGGGGUUGAUGCGACGAAGAUGCGAGCGUGGACGAAUGCGAAAGGAGGGAGGGGAGAUGGGGUGAUGGAUCGGAUUAUUUUUAAUUUUCCGCAUGUGGGUGGGAAGAGUACGGAUGUGAAUCGGCAGGUUAGGUAUAAUCAAGAACUUCUCACAUCCUUUCUCGCGCGCGCAAUCCCCUCUCUCUCCCCUACAAAAGGCUCUUCAAUAAUCAUCACACUCUUCGAAGGCGAACCGUACACGUUGUGGAAUAUACGCGAUCUAGGUCGACAUGCUGGAUUGGAAGUGGAGCGGAGUUUUAAGUUUCAGGCGGGAGCGUAUCCGGGGUAUAAACAUGCGCGGACAAUGGGGGUUGUGAAGGGAGGAGGGGGAUGGAAGGGAGAGGAGAGGAGUAGCAGAAGUUUUGUGUUUGUGAGAAAGGGGGAGGGGGUGAAACAGGGAGUUGGGAAGAAGAAGAAGGAUGAGAGUAGUGAUGAUGAGAGUGAGGUGGAAGGCGAAGAUGAGGAUAUGAAUGAAGAUUUUGAAGCGGAUGAUGCGGAGUUUGAGAAGGGGAUUGAAAGAGAUGACGAUAGUGGAUCGGAUGAUGAAGAUAACGAGGAAGAUAUCAUAAAUGGUGUUAGCGGGGACGAAGAUGAACCUCUAAACCAAGAUUGGACCGAGACAAGAUGA